AUGCUUCUGUUCGUUACCAGAUCAAGCGUGCGUGGCUUUGCCUCUUCCCAAAGGGUUUGGAAACCCAUUUCUUCCACUGUUGGACCUGCCACAGAAUACCUUACCACUGGUGGAUCAACUCAGUCCGUUUGGCCAAAGGGAUUCAGACAGCCAACCCCAAAGACUUGGGAAGAAAGCAGCGAAUCUGCAUUGUCUAAAGCUACCAAGUUUUUCUUCCUCAAUGAGAUUGCCAGAGGAAUGUACAUCUGUUUGGAGAUGUAUUUCCGCAGUCCAUACACCAUAUACUAUCCUUUUGAGAAGGGCCCAAUCUCCCCAAGAUUCAGAGGUGAGCACGCUUUAAGACGUUACCCAAGUGGUGAAGAGAGAUGUAUUGCUUGUAAGCUUUGUGAGGCCAUCUGCCCAGCUCAAGCCAUCACAAUCGAGGCUGAGGAGAGAAUCGACGGCUCAAGAAGAACAUAUAAAUACGACAUCGACAUGACCAAGUGUAUCUAUUGUGGAUACUGUCAAGAGUCUUGUCCUGUUGACGCUAUUGUGGAAUCCCCUAACGUUGAGUACAGUACAGAGACUAGAGAGGAAUUGUUGUACAACAAGGAGAAAUUAUUGGAGAAUGGUGACAAAUGGGAGCAAGAAUUGCAGUACUGUAUUGAUGCUGAUGCACCUUACAGAUAG